AUGGGUCUGCUGAAAGUGGUGGUUUCGUCGUCGUCAGUCCCUGCUGUCACUGCUGCUGUCUUGCUGCUGCUGGUGCUGCUGCUGUUGGCACCAGCCCGCUUGCGUGGUAUCAUCUCGCUGGACAUGAGUGUUGGGGAUGAUGAUGGCAUGCCCACGUCGCAGCAUGACAGUGAGCGACGUGUUGCCAUCCACUGGAUGCCCUUGAUUGAGUCGAUGGAGCAGAAUGUUGGUAACAUUGGCAAGAUGCUGCUCGUGGCGGGACAGAGCGAAUGCUUUCAAAAGUAUGCGCACGCUGUAUGGUACACCUGGAAGCUGAAGAGAGGAAGGGAGACGCUGCUCCGGCACAAGGAUGAUGGUGACAUGAGGUGCGACCACCGAAUUGUGUUGUUGUUGCGGGCGCAUUGCGGCCGACGCCGCUGCUGCUGCUGCUGA